AGGAGACCGCCACUGUCUGCACUCUAGAAAAAAUUGCACAAAUAUUCUUAUCUCAGGAUUUUUUUUUCUUAGUUUUUACUUCCGAAAAAUAUUUACAUCUGUGAUUUAAGAUCCACUUGGAAUAUUUGAGAGGAAGAAAAAUUUAUCAGUAAGGUUUGUUGGUGAUAAAAAUUUAUUUCCAUUGGCACUUGAAAUUUGACUGGCGAGUUUGAAGACAAUAAUGGAUUACUCUAAUUAUCGAUAUCAAGGACCUUCAAAGCACCUUUAUGACUUUACCCAGGGGCAGCGUUCACAGUCUAAUACAUUUUCAGGAAUAGCGCCUAUUCCUGUUGUCUAUACGGAAAUGGCAAUCUAUGGGACACCUGAUAAUUCCAAAGGAGGGAAUAGAAAACGCAAGGGAGGAUCUGGGAGGGAGUCAGAUGAGGAGGAUGGUCAAGGUGGGGGGUACAAUCAGGAGCAGGCUGACAAGGAAAGGUUUGCCAGAGAGAGUCAUUGUGAGAUAGAGAGAAGAAGGAGGAAUAAGAUGACCUCUUACAUCAAUGAACUCUGUGACAUGGUUCCUACCUGUAGUACGCUGGCCAGAAAACCAGACAAGCUGACCAUCCUUAGAAUGGCAGUCUCUCACAUGAAAACUUUAAGAGUAGCUGGAAACACCAGUGUUGAUGGUUGUUAUAAGCCAUCCUUCCUGACUGACCAGGAGCUCAAACAUCUUAUACUAGAGGCAGCUGAUGGGUUCCUGUUUGUUGUUCAGUGUGACACAGGCAGAAUGAUUUACGUCUCAGAUUCCAUCACACAGGUUCUAAACCAAUCUCAGGCUGACUGGUUUGGAAACUCCAUGUAUGAACUGGUACAUCCUGAUGAUGUGGAGAAGGUUAGAGAACAGCUGUCAACUUCUGAAUCUCAGAACACUGGAAGAAUUCUAGACUUAAAAACUGGAACAGUCAAGAAAGACAGUCACCAGACGUCUAUCAGAUUGUGUAUGGGAUCGAGACGAGGGUUUAUAUGUCGUAUGAAGAUGGGUAACGUAGAUGUUAGCAGCAUGAACUCAAGUCACACCCACCGAGCACGACAGCGAAAUACUCUAGGGCCCUCGCCUGAUGGCAACCACUAUACCGUAGUCCAUGUAACGGGCUAUAUCAAAAACUGGCCACCCUCAGGAGUGCAGAUGGACCGAGACUCAGAUGAGAACUCCAGCACACACUGUUGUCUGGUGGGCAUCGGUCGACUCCAGGUAACCAGUACACCUAACUGCAGCGAUCUCAUGGGACCCAAUGGCAGCACAGAGUUCAUAUCCAGGCAUAAUAUUGAUGGAAAAUUCACAUUUGUAGACCAAAGAGUGACACCAGUACUUGGCUAUCAGCCAGCUGACCUUUUGGGAAAAUCUGCCUUCGAUUUUUAUCACCCAGAAGACAAAGCUCAUAUGAAAGACACUUUUGACCAAGUGUUGAAGCUAAAGGGUCAGGUGAUGUCGAUCAUGUACCUGAAUCAUGAGUGGGUAUCUAGGACCAGUAGCUUCAGCUUCCAGAACCCCUAUACUGAUGAAGUGGAGUAUAUUGUUUGCACAAACACAUCUGCAAAAAGUGUUCAGCAAGGAGCAGGUGCCUCUACUGGUCAAGGAAUGCCAAAUGAACAACCCCCAGAUCCUAACCCGUCCAUGGCCUCCUACAACACCCCUCCCCGGGGCCCCAUGCCGACAGAGAUGAACAUCCAGCAGUCAGCUAACAAGCAUGACUUCCGGGAGCCCUUCCAGGACUAUAGCUCUGUUCUCACAGGGGGCAGACAGAUUGGCAGACCAGAGAUGUACAAUUACAACUCACCUUCUCAAAUCAAGUACCCUGGACAGACCGCGGGCACCAGUAUGCCAUUAUCUCAGGCAUCGGGUGUUACUGGGGUCAGGAGAAGUCCAAACGCAGGGGGCUGGGCAGGACCGGCAGGAUUUCCUCAAAAUCAGGGAGGGACUGAUUUCAGUAGUAACCCGACCCCUGGUUUCUCACAGAUCAGCCCUAACAGCUCUUCUCCUGCUGGGCCUCCUACGUAUACUCAGCUUGGAUCACAGAAUAUUCCCAGUUCACAACCAAAUAACUUUUCUCAUUCCUCUCCCCCCACUUCUACUGGUCAGGGAAUGUGGCCUCCCCCCUGGCAAGGAGGGGCAGCAGAGGCCCCCCAGAACCCCCCGGGUCCGCAGGCUCCCCCUCCUAACGGUCAGCAGAAUGAGGAGUUCAGUGAUGUUUUCCGUAUGUUGGACCCUCCUGGACAGGAAUUUAAUGAUCUCUCAGGGAUGUUUAACACGUUCCAGGACUAGUGUUUUUAGUGGGGCUGUCAAUAUCAUAUACAGAAACAAGAUUCAGUGUUUAAAUACCAAGAUCUGUCAUAUCAUCUCACUUUCCUGUUGUUUUGUUUGUCUAUGCUGUAUACUGCUUUAAUUUUGCUUGUGGCUAAUUUUCGUAAGAAUAUGUGUUUGGAGUUUGCAGUUUAUUUUUAAUUCCUAUUAUCUAUACUGUGAAUUUAAAAACUGCAAAAUGAAGCCUUUGUACAGUGGUCUUUUUUAUUAUUUAUGAAGUUUUCCUUUAUAAUCAUGUAUAAUCAAUUUGGUAGACAGGAAAGAAAAAUGGAUGAACACAAUAAGAUUGCAUUUUAUACUUUGGUAAUUUUACAAUGCCUGACUAUUACAUGAUAGUGAGCUGCUGUAUAUAGUCAAUAGCCAUUGUACUUUUGAUAGCAACCUCGUGUUUAUCUUACAUCAGUAUUUACAACAUCAUAGAACUUGGUAAUGUAUCAUCGCUGUGCCCAUUUUGAGAAUACGUGUAGUUUUGUUGAUUAUUUUGCAAAGUUUUUGAUUUGCAUUGUUUUGUUAAUAUAAUUAAGAUAUAAUUUGAGUGGCUAAUGUUAUUGUGAUUUGUUUGUUUUCCUCUUUCUACGGUGCUUUACAUGCUUAUUGUAUUGUUCUUUAAGGUGUUUUACAAAAUUUUUAUAUGUUGAAAAUUCUUUUAGUGCUGGCAAAAAAAUGGCAUGCUGGCAAAAAAAAAAGAUUCUUUGAAAUAAAUUUACAAUAGACAUAAUACCACAAAAUGUACUAUUUAAAAAUUACCCUAACAUCUAACAUACAUGCAAAAUAUUCUAGCAGAAAAAAAACACCUAUUUAUAAGGGAGUCAUUUGCAACUUCCUCUAAAAUGAUAUGAAAUUUAAAAAAAACAAGCAACAUACAAGUGAAGACUUAUAGGCAACAAAUAUAUGUGGUAGAUAAACAUCAAAAUAAAUCAACCAAAAAGUUGAAUUAAAACACUUGAUCUUAUUGGUGACCACAUAAGCUUAUACAUGUAAUUCAUCCAAGAAUAAGUCUCUGUACUUUACUCUUGUGGGGUAAAUUACUGAUAAGCCAAUACCCGGUAGGUAUUUGUCAGACAUAUGAAAAUCAUUAAGUAUAUUUUGAUUGGAAGCCUCUUAAAUACCAUUUUAGAUGCAUUUAUUUGUUGCCAUAAUAUUUGUACAAGAUCUACUUCAAUAUGUAUGAAUAUAUGUAUAUAUUACUUAAAAACUAUACUAGACUUCAUGAUGGAGGGGAAAAAAAGGAUGUGCAAUGUUGAGAAACUCUUUUUAGAUGAAAUAAACUUAGAUGUAGUGUUUUUUUCUUUUUAUUUAUGCAGUUUUGCCUCAAACUGUUAUGUUAAUUUUAUUUUUUCCAUUAACUUUCUUGUAUCAUUUAAAAGAUAUCAGAGUUUGUAUUAAGUCUUCAAAAUUAAUUUGUAUCAUGGAAAAGAUAUCAGAGUUUGUAUUAAGUCUUCAAAAUUAAUUCCAUCAAUUUUUAAUUCAAUUUUGCAUUGGAAAUAUGAAAAUGCAUCCUGAGCAGCAAAAUUCAAUAUUUGUUUUUUUUAGCUGUCAUAAAUAAAGCACAAAGACACCUUGUUUCAAGUUUAAAUCUUUAAAAUUUUUGUAUAUACAUGUAUAUGACAUUGUAAAUAUUCAUUUUCACAUGUUUAAAAUUCUAUAUUGAACAUGCUGCCAUAUUUUGAAUAUAUCGUAAGUUUCAUCAUACUACCACAUUGAAUUAUUUACAGGGAUUUACAGUUAUGUAUAAUUAUAUUUUGAUAAUACCUUAUUGUCUAGUUAUAACAUACUAACAGCUUUUUAACUACAGAUUUGAAAUUGUUAAUCCUUGGCUCUUUUAAGAGUCAAACCUAUAGAAAUGUGCCAUACAUUCACAUUCUUUUGCAAAAGGUUCACCAUUUCAUUCCUAUAUCUAUCAUUGGCAACAUUGGAUUUUUGAGAUAACAAAAUAACUUUAGUUUGAAUCUAGUGGUCACAUAGUCGGUUAAUAAUUUUGAGUAUGUAAAUGUAUUUUUAUAUGUUUGUAUAUAUUGAGGAGUGUCCUCUUUUAAGAUUGAUAUUGUAUUUUUAGAUAAAAAAAAAUGCAGUCAUUAUGUACAUUCUUACAUAGAUUUCAAAGUUCAAAGCAAAAUCAAAAGAGACUUUUAAUAUGUUACAUCAAAAGGAUAAAUGUGCAGAUUUAGAAAUAAAUGUAUAUCAUUUUGACACUCAUGUCGUUUCUUUAGUUACUGUAAUUUACUUUUCUCUAUAGAUUUAUAAUUAACAAUUUGAGUUGUAGUGAUUCUAUCGACAAUUUCUUCACAGACUGCUGUAAACCAUUUCCUAGAUUUGUGGUUGAAUAAAUGUUCAUUACAGUAACAUAAAUAUUUGGCUAUCACUGGAACCAUUUAUACAAUAUUUACCCUUUUUUAACAUAUUUUAGUAACAAGUUUUAAUCAGUAGGUGUACAGACUUGGAAAAGUUUGUUAUACAUUUAUUGUUAUUUAUACAAUUUUAUGAACAGCAAGUCUGUAAAGCUUUGUUUUGUACAUGUUCAAUUUAUAUUUGUUGUCAUUCCUCGUAGUAUAUUAAAUAAAAUCAUUUAUAUGUAA